AUGCAGGACGUGUGUCAGAGGAGGCCCUGCCUUGUCUUAUGGCCCACAGCCUCCUACUGCAGGAGUGAGGACAUCACUGGUGUCAGGCUUUACAAAGAAUCUCAAGGUCGUCGACAGUCCUCCCAGGAGGAGAUCUUUGGCGAAGGCAAGAUCCCAAAGCGUUACAGUCCAGUCAAGCUUGGUUACACGCAGACAGGGUACGGCCGCGAUUCAGCAUGCCUUUCAUUGGUUCCUCGGCUGCAACCAGACUUGUAUCUGUCUGCUUUGAACGCUGGAGUGAUAAAGUGGUAG